AUGGGUAACUGCAUGAGUUCUAGGGGAGGAGACGAUGAAGGUCAAAAGAAGAAGAGUCAGGCGAUCGACCGCGGCCUCGAGGAAGAUUCCAAGAAGUUACGGCGCGAGUGCAAGAUCCUGCUGCUGGGUACGUUAGCCUUUAAGCUGUCCUAUCCAUGGAACCUGCUAACCCGUCCUGCGCAAANNGGUUCUGGCGAAAGCGGCAAGUCGACUAUUGUCAAGCAGAUGAAAAUUAUCCACCAAAACGGCUACAGCGUCGACGAACUGCGCCUUUAUAGGCAUACCAUCUACAAGAAUGUCAUCGAUUGCGCCAAAGCUCUCAUCGGUGCAAUGCAACAGUUCGAUAUAUCCCCAGAAGUCCCCGAGAACAUUCAACACUGCGAGUUCAUCAUGCAAUUCACAGUCGACCCCGACCCGAAUGCACAUCUGGACGCAAGAUGCGCUACUGCAAUAACUGCAAUCUGGAAGGAUCCGUGUAUAUCUAGAGUCCUCGAUCACUCAAGCGAGUUCUACAUGAUGGACUCGGCAUCUUACUUCUUCGACGAAGUCCACAGAAUAACACAGGACGAUUACUGCCCAACGGAAGCAGACCCUGCAGCANUGUUCGACGUUGGCGGCCAACGAAGUGAGCGUAAGAAAUGGAUUCAUUGUUUCGAGAAUGUCACCUCUAUCAUUUUCUGCGUUGCGCUCAGCGAAUAUGAUCAAGUGCUCUUAGAGGCGAGCGAUCAGGUAUGUGACUAUACCGUUAUUUACCUCUACACCCGCUUACCACUAAACAACNAGAACCGCAUGAUGGAGAGUUUGGUCCUCUUCGACUCGGUCGUCAACUCGAGAUGGUUUAUGAGAACAUCUAUCAUCCUCUUCCUCAACAAGGUCGAUUUGUUCAGGCAANAGCUGGGCAAAUCACCGCUCUCCAAUUACUUCCCGGAUUACUCGGGUGGAAACGACGUGAAUCGCGCCGCGAAAUAUUUGCUCUGGAGAUUCAAUCAGGUCAACAGGGCGCAUCUCAAUCUUUACCCUCAGUAA